CAAUCACACAGCAAAAUGGCAGACUUGGGACAGCUAUGGGAAAAACUAAGCGGUGCGGAAAGUAAGUCGCUUCUCAAGAAGCACUGCACUCCCGAAGUUUACGAAACUUUGAAAGAGAAGACCACGAAAUUUGGCGGCACGCUUGCCGAGUGUAUCCGAUCGGGAGCGGAAAAUCCCGAGAGCGGAGUAGGCGUUUAUGCAAGUGACCCAGAAGGCUACACUGUGUUCGCCGAUCUUUUAAACCCGGUCAUCAUGGACUACCACAAAGUGGACGAGUUGAACCAUCCAGGAUGUGACUAUGGAUCUGAGGCUGAUCUCAAUUUCGGCGACCUUGACCCUUCAGGGGAGCUAAUCGUGUCCACAAGGGUCAGAGUUGGCAGGAGUCAUGACAGUUACGGGUUUCCCCCAACCCUCAACAAGGAACAGAGAGAGGAAAUGGAAAAAGUCACCCGUGAGGUAUUAGAGGGACUAACUGGGGAGCUUAAAGGUACAUACUAUCCUCUAGAUGGAAUGACCGAGGAGACACAAAAACAGCUCACCGAAGAUCAUUUCCUUUUCAAAGACGAUGACCGAUUCCUCAAAGCCGCCGGAGGGUACGACGACUGGCCCGCCGGUAGAGGCAUCUUCUUCAACGACAACAAAACUUUUCUGGUCUGGGUGAACGAAGAGGACCACAUCCGAAUCAUCUCCAUGCAGAAGGGAGGAGACUUGGCCGCUGUGUACAAGCGAUUGGUGAGUGGCAUUCAAGAACUGGAAAAGAAACUGCAAUUUGCCCGUCUGCCCAAUUUGGGUUACCUCACGUUUUGUCCCAGUAAUUUAGGCACAGCCCUACGGGCCAGCGUGCACGUGAAGAUACCCAAAGUGGCGGCCAUGCCGGAGUUCAAAGAGAUCUGUGACAAAUAUCACAUCCAGGCGAGAGGCAUCCACGGCGAGCACACGGAGAGCGUGGGCGGUGUGUACGAUAUCUCUAACAAGAGACGACUGGGUCUGACAGAGAUUCAAGCGAUAGAGGAGAUGAGACGAGGGGUCGAGGAACUGAUCAGGUUAGAGAAGGGACAUCCGGACACAGGGGCUGCCAAGCCUGAGUCAGACCUUCCAAUACUAUGGGAGAAACUGGAAUCUGCUAAGGACAGCAAGUCCCUACUGAAGAAGCACUGUACUAAGAAAGUCUACGAAAAACUCAAGGAUAAGAAGACGAAGUUUGGCGGAACUCUGGCCGAGUGUAUUCGAUCGGGGGCGGAAAAUCCCGAGAGCGGAGUCGGUGUCUACGCAUCCGAUCCCGAGGGCUACACUGUGUUCGCCGAUCUUUUGAACCCGGUCAUCAUGGACUACCAUAAAGUGAACAAACUUAAACACCCAGAAUGUAAUUUCGGUUCUGAAGCCGAUCUAAGCUUCGGUGAUCUUGACCCCGAAGGGGAGCUAAUCGUGUCCACAAGGGUCAGAGUUGGCAGGAGUCAUGACAGUUACGGGUUUCCCCCAACCCUCAACAAGGAACAGAGAGAGGAAAUGGAAAAAGUCACCCGUGAGGUAUUAGAGGGACUAACUGGGGAGCUUAAAGGUACAUACUAUCCUCUAGAUGGAAUGACCGAGGAGACACAAAAACAGCUCACCGAAGAUCAUUUCCUUUUCAAAGACGAUGACCGAUUCCUCAAAGCCGCCGGAGGGUACGACGACUGGCCCGCCGGUAGAGGCAUCUUCUUCAACGACAACAAAACUUUUCUGGUCUGGGUGAACGAAGAGGACCACAUCCGAAUCAUCUCCAUGCAGAAGGGAGGAGACUUGGCCGCUGUGUACAAGCGAUUGGUGAGUGGCAUUCAAGAACUGGAAAAGAAACUGCAAUUUGCCCGUCUGCCCAAUUUGGGUUACCUCACGUUUUGUCCCAGUAAUUUAGGCACAGCCCUACGGGCCAGCGUGCACGUGAAGAUACCCAAAGUGGCGGCCAUGCCGGAGUUCAAAGAGAUCUGUGACAAAUAUCACAUCCAGGCGAGAGGCAUCCACGGCGAGCACACGGAGAGCGUGGGCGGUGUGUACGAUAUCUCUAACAAGAGACGACUGGGUCUGACAGAGAUUCAAGCGAUAGAGGAGAUGAGACGAGGGGUCGAGGAACUGAUCAGGUUAGAGAAAGGAGGAGAACUUAAAGAUGACAAGCAAUCAGAAACGAAAAAGCAUUCAGAUAAACCUACAACUACACGAUCCUGUUCCAUUCUUUAA